GUAACACCCAGUCUGAAAGUGCAAUGGCGAUAUUGGACAAUAACAGCCAUCGUUUUUGGGGGACUACAUCUAUAUUAUGUGGCUAACGUUAAAGAAAACACCUUCAGUCGGCUGCAAAACCACAUACAAUAUCGGCAAACUGCGCGAGCUGGACCAGCGACCAGGAAAGGUGAUUUUACAGCCUCUGCACGCGAUGACAGUUUAGACUAAAACGCUGGUGUGACGUGUGAACAGACACCAUGGCCACACAGGAACCAUCCCCUCCUUCGUCCAUGGAGAGCAAUAAACCCGGCUUCCCCAAGAAGAUCCUGGGCAACAAGCUGGAGGACAAGCACCUGUGCAACUGCUGUCACAAUAUACUCAGACGACCGUUUCAAGCCCAGUGUGGACAUCGCUUCUGUUCCUACUGCUUCAACAGGACUGUGAGUAAUGGACCCCAGAAAUGCAAUGCCUGCAUUAAAGAGGAUAUUUUUGAGGAGACUACAUCGAUUUUGAAACAAGGAUGUGCUUUUCCUGACAACGCAGUUCGAAGGGAAGUUGAACACCUUUCAGCUGUUUGUAUCAAUGAAAGUUGCACUUGGAAAGGCACUAUUAAAGAGUAUGAGAUGAACCACGAGGGGAAGUGUGAGUUCAUGAUCAUCCCCUGCCCCUCUUGUAAAGAACGAAUUCGCUUCAACGAGCAGGAGCGCCAUAAUGAGCGAGAGUGCCCGGAAAGAACUCUCAACUGCAAGUACUGCAAGGAGCCAUUCCACUUCAAAAAUAUCAAGGCACAUGACGAGAUCUGUCCCAAGUACCCGAUGAUCUGUGAAGGCUGUGCCAAGAAGAAAAUACCCAGAGAAAAGUAUGUGGACCAUAUUAAGUUCUGCAGCAAAUUCAGAACUCCGUGUCGAUUUCAUGUCGUGGGAUGUGAUAUGUCUGUGGAAAAGGAAAAGAUUCAUGACCAUGAGCGCGCCUAUGCCUACGAGCACCUCAAUCUGUUGCUGCACUACAUUAUGGGCAUGAAAGUGAGCAUGGAGGGCCUGCAGCCCCAGGGACUGGAACUAGCCGGACACAAACUGGUGGAACUCCAACAGUCCCUCAGGGAGCUCGAGGCCAGAGUCUCCCAGCUUAGCACCACCUCCUCUGGGCCUCCCGUGCAGGGAGCCGCCGCCGCCGCCGCCGCCUCCUCCUCAUCCUCCAGCUCUGGUCCCUCUGGUCCACCCGCUUCAGCUCCUCUCCCUCCACCGCCCACUCUGCCUCCCACUCUGUCUGUGUCUACCUCCUUCACACCCCUGCCCAGCUCGGUGGGUGCAGCGCUGGAGCUCCAGCUCCACAGCGAGAAGACCAAGGUGGUCGAGCUGGGUCGCAGGUGUACGGAACUUGAAGUUAAAGCCGGCACAUUUGAAAAUGUGGUGUGUGUCCUGAACAGAGAGGUGGAGAGGUUUGCCACCACCAUGGAAGCCAGCAACCGUCAGCACAAACUGGACCAGGAUAAGAUCGAGGCUCUGAGUAAUAAGGUGCGACAGCUGGAGAGGACAGUGGGGCUGAAGGACCUAACAGUUGCAGAGAUGGAGGGCCGGCUGAGGGAAAUGUCUGCCACUACUUUUGAUGGUGUCUUUGUCUGGAGGAUCUCUGAUUUCGCCAAAAAGAGACAGGAUGCCAUCGCAGGUCGAGCCCCUGCCAUGUUUUCACCAGCCUUCUAUACCAGUAAGUACGGCUAUAAGAUGUGUCUGCGGAUCUAUCUGAAUGGAGAUGGGACAGGGCGUGGCAGCCACUUGUCCUUGUUCUUUGUGGUGAUGAGGGGACUGAGUGACGCUCUGCUCAAAUGGCCUUUCAACCAGAAGGUGACUCUGAUGCUGCUGGACCAGAGCAACAGGGAGCACAUCAUCGACGCCUUUCGACCUGAUGUCACUUCCUCUUCCUUCCAGAGACCAGUGAGCGAGAUGAACAUCGCCAGCGGAUGUCCGCUCUUCUGCCCGCUCUCCAAGCUCGAUGCCAAGAACUCUUACAUCCGCGACGACACCAUCUUCAUCAAGGCAAUCGUGGACCUCACCGGCCUCUAGAUGGCUCCACAGGGUGGUACAGUUUGGCAACCAGGCAGCUCUUUGACCAUUAAAGCUUUAUUUUGGCUCAUUCGUGGUCCCUUUUAGGGCUCUGUUCAGGCAUCUUACUGUCCCCUGCAGCUCUAGGGAGACAACUGUAUGCUGCAUAUGGCUGCAGUUUGCUCUGUCCAGACGGCGCCGGCAUCGUCAUAUCUGGUGGUCUCUAUGCGAGAACCACCGUCAUUGCUGUACAUUUUGGGUGCAAAACUUUUUUCUUUUGACAUCACAACACUGCUCCCAUGGUGAUAAGUUGUUGCACAUUAGUUUUCAGUUAAAGGACACGGAAGCAAGCACCAGUGCAGCGUGGUCAGUGCAGUGUUGAGUAGAAGCAGAGAUGUCACAGUGAACAGUUACGAUGGAGUGAAAAUGAACAUGCAGACAGUUAGAACAGGAUUGUAGAUUACAGAUAGUUGAUCAUUCUGAUGUCACUGUAGAAAGCUGGCAGUAGGCCUGUAAUAGAGUUAGAGCAUGGCUUGAUGCAGUUUUUGCUUUUUCUUGCAGAUUGUGGAUAUUGUGAGCUUCUCAAUUCCAGUGUCGAGUGAAUUUGCAUAGACAAACGUGGAGUUAUGUUAUGAAUAAGAUUACAGGCAUUUUUUGCCUUUUUUUGCGCAAAGUGCAUGCCGCUGGCGUUUUAAGUAUAAAAUUGCUCCUUAUUUCGACUGAGCUUAAUGAAGGUUCCUCGUUUGUUGUUAAAACUUGUUAGUGAAUUAGCCAUCCGUGAUGGUGGACAUUGCCUGCAUGUCUUUGGAACCAGGCUGUUUACAUGUAAAGUUAGUGUUGCGUAUUUGUUCCUAUUAGGGGUUGGUGGUUCUGAUUGGUGGUUUGGUACAUCUGUGGAAGAUACAGUGGAGUUACCAUGGAGUCAGGGCAGCUUGCCAGUCAAGCCUGAGGCAUAAAACUUACAUGUGUUUUUGUCUCUGACAAACAUACAUAGCUGGAGUUUUCCCCAGGAUAUGCUCACUAGCUCACAUCUCAACACAUAGUACUGUGCCCCACCACAGAUUGAGGUUAACACAGAUUCCACAAAAUGAAGGAAUUGUCUGUUCCUUGUUUUCUGUCCAUACAGUAUACAGUGCAUAUGUGUUUCUGCUGCUUCGAGAUAGAAUACUGAUGUGAAUCUAAUAUAUAUGUUGGUGCAAAUAUACAUGAGGUAAAUGUGAGUGGAGGUUGAGAGGCUGAAAUGAGAUGAAAUGAAAAUAAGAGACUGUUAUUCUUCAUUGUAGGUCACGAGCCGUUAUUGACAUUAUUUAUUGCAGAUUGUGUGUUCAGUGCAGCCCCAGAUAACUCUUUCAACUUUAGUGUUUUCAUGUGCUAUCACUGAUUUCCAAUAAGGCACCACAAAUCUACAUUAUAUCUGUUUAAAGCUGAUGAGAUGUAAUUUUUCUGUUCGUCCACCAGAGAUUGCUGUUCCACUUACUUAGCAUGCAUGCUGAGGUUUUAAGGUUAACGCUGGCCUGUUUGAAAACCAGUCUCGACCUGUAUUGAAACCUCUCUGUGCAUGGGAGGCUUCAAUUCAUAUUCACUAUGGAGUUUCACAUUGGUUUACCCUGUGAGCCACGUGUGGAAGCAUUUAUUUGUAUUUGUUUGGAUGAAAAUACGUAAUCAUAGAAUAGUUAUUAUGUUAUAUCUGGCGCUGCAUCUGUUCAACAGAAGCACCUGCCUAUAUUCAUAGCAAUUUAUAAAUAUGUAUCUUUCAUAUCAUAAUGUUGAAAUAAUCUAUAUAUCAAUGUUAAUAUACACGAGAUGUUAUAAUAAACAUAGUAUUACUGAAUACCUUAUUAAUUCUAUAUCUAUAUACCAACUUUUUGUUUGUCAAGAUGGUUUGAACAGGCCAGGACAACCCCUUUGUGCAGUAAGGACUUAUGAUUCCUUCUAGAGUGCAAUAUAUGAUUAUAUCUGUUAGAUUUUGAUGACAUCUUGGCUUUAAGGGUUUACAGAGGUCAUACUCGACUUAUUUGUUUACAUUACUCAUUAUGGCGCUGAAGAACUGCAACCAAUUUUGAACUUUCCAAGGAAAAAUUGUGCUUUCCUUGUCAUUAAGCAUACGCUACUUGAUAUCACUAACAUAGGGAUCUCUAGUCAGUGGCUAUUCAUGAAGCUAACUGGCAAAGUGAGCUGAGGAUUUAUAGAAAGACCAUUUUAAUGUUGAGGAAUUCAUGCUAUAUACAGUGGGUUUCUAUUCUUGACUUUUCAGAGAAGACUGAGCAUGUAAUAAGUAGGAUAACAUGAACUUUUUAAACCUUGAGUGUUCUUGUAAUGUGCCAAAAUCAAAUAUUACCUCUGUAUACUAACAAUGUUGUAUUGCAAGUUGUAUUUUAUGUUCUAUGCUAAAAUAUGGUGCCAUAUAUAACUAAGUUUGUGCUGAUUGUAUGUAUGUAUAUGCGUGUGUGUGUGUGUGUGUGUGCGUGCGUGCCAAUUUAAUAUUAUGCAUUGGUCACUCCUUCUGUAAGCACCAGAGGAGAUAAUUAAUACUGUCCCAUGAAACUGUCCUCAGUUUACAGACCCUCCCAAGGUUUUUGAAUGUCAGCUUUAAUUCAGUUGGGUUUUUUUCUAAAAACACAACAGCAGUUCUGUAACGUGAUGCAGUUGAGUUGAACCAACUUUGAUUUGUGCACUUUGUAUUGGUUGUUUGUCUGAACAGGGUAUUUUAUUGAGUCAUUUAUGUACCUUGAAAUCAGAGCCAUAUAUAUUCUGAUGUUGAUAAUUGAUGUAUCAUGCUACAAAAGGACAUGCAGUAUGUAAUAAAGUUUGCUGGUUUCAGCUUGUU